AUGGAGCUCUCAGUCUCAGCUCACAGCACUCUUAAUCCCGCUGCUCCGUGGUGGUAUCCAACAGGCCAUGAAGCCAUCAUAAUUCCUGACGAUUGUAUAGUUGUCAAUGCCCAGGCACUCAACCGCUUCAACCAAGUUCUCGAGCCCACGCCCCACGCCGCCCUUGCCCAUGCCGUAAAGCUGUUGAGAACUGGAAUAAAUGGUUACAUGGUUCUCACGGGAAAAGACCUUCGCAACGUCUAUGCCGACUGGGCUAGAAGCUUUCCCAGACCCUUCGAUCUUAGCCUCAGUCUCAUGAAAGCGGCUACCAUUCGACAGCAUCUCUACAAGGCCAUCUGCUACAACUCAAUGAACACUCGAGAGUCGGAGCAAGUCAUGAAACCUCGUCAUAUUGUCAUUGCUAUGCGCAUCGUUAGUUGCUUGAAUAACUUGGUCAAGCGUAUUCUUCUUGCUGAGCGAUCUGGCAACUUUGUCUCGCAGUUCUUUGACACCAAAUAUCGCGGCCAACAUAAUAAACGGCACCAUGCUACCUCACGAGUUUACUCCGUUCCAGGGAGAUUGGACGAACAUGUAGACUGGCUUCGUGAUAGCCCUCUUUCCCUGCAGUCCCUUGCGAGUGGCCCAUUACUACACCUCGAAAUAGUUGUCAAGAUUGCGUCGUUUGAAGAAAAGAUGGAGGAAAAGGAACAAAUUAAUGCAUAUCCAACCAGGGAUAGCCACACAGCAGCCUAG